UAUUAUUAUUUUGAAUUUUCAGAAAAAUGUCGAAGCGGAAUUUGGACGAGGAUAUGGAGGCCGAGGUUGAGGGUCUAGAGGAUAGUGAAGAAGAAAAGGAAGAAGAAGAGAAAGAGGAAGACAGCGAUAAUGAGAAUAUGGAAGAUGACGAAGAAUUCGACCAGGAAACUCUGGAAAAGAUCUCAAGACUUGAAGCUGAAAUCCAAGAAAAUCCAUACAACUACAAUCCACAUACAGAACUUAUAUCUAUACUCAGAAAGGGAUCUGAUUUCACGAGGUUGCGCGAAUGCCGGGAACGAUUUGCUAAGUUGUAUCCUCUAAGUGCAGAUCUUUGGAUCGAAUGGACACAGGACGAGAUGAAGAUUGCUAGUACUGAGGAGGACAAGAUGGCAGUUAUUCAACUCUUUGAGAGAGGAGUCAAGGACUAUUCCUCUGUAGACCUCUGGUUGGAAUACUGCCAGUUCUCUAUUGGAGGAAUUGGUACUCCAGAUGGUAUUGCUACUGCCAGAUCUAUUUAUGAAAGGAGUCUAACAGCUUGUGGAUUGCAUGCUGGGAAGGGAGCCCUACUCUGGGAAUCAUUUAGGGAGCUGGAGUCAGCUCUUCUCGCACUUCAAGGUACUCCCAGUACUCCUGAGCAGAUAAAGCAGCACACUGCCCAGAAGGAGAGGAUCAUCAACCUGUUCAAGAGACAACUCAGGGUUCCCCACCUUGGUAUAGAGGAUACGUUUAGAGAGUAUAUGGAUGUUGCUGGUACAGAUUCAGAUGCUAAUGUACUCCGAGACUAUGAGAAGGCUAAGGAGAAACUUAAACUUCGUGAAGAUUUUGAGAUCAGGGUAUCGGAGAAGGAAACUUCCCUGGAUGCAUAUAAAGAGUAUAUUCAGUUUGAACUUAAGGAGAAGGAUCCUGUCAGAAUCCAGUUAGUGUAUGAGAGGUGUAUCACUGAUCACUGCCUUGAAUCUGAUAUUUGGUCUGAAUAUCUCAAUUACCUUGAUACAACUCUAGGAAUUGAUUCAGUAUCUCUGCCAGUGUAUGAGAGAGCAGUACGGAACUGUCCCUGGGAGAAGAAUAUUUGGGCAGACUAUAUCAGAGCUCUAGAGAGGUAUGAAAAAGAUCACAGUGCUGUCCUGAAAACAUUCGAGGAAAGCUUAUUGGUUGGGUUUACAGACCCAACAGCUUAUCUAGAGGUUUGGUUAGCAUAUCUAGACUAUACGCGGAGACGAACUGAGUUUGAAAAAGAGGAAACUGAAUCCAUGCAGGAGCUUAGAAUAGUGUUUAAUAGGGCUUGUGAACACCUGGAAAGGAUGGGAGGGGAUCCUGAGUGUGAGGUGUUAAAGUACUACGCUAACCUGGAGGCAGAUCAGUUCAGAAAUAUGGAGAAUGCCAGGAAACUCUGGACAGAUAUUCUUCAGGUUCAUCAGUUCAAGGGGAGUGUGUGGAUGGAGUGUAUUCAGUUUGAGAAGAUAUUUGGAGAUAAGAAGCAUUUAAGGAAACGAUAUGAGAGAGCGCUAGAGAAAACUCAUGAUACUCCAGAAAUAGUUGCAAAGUCCUGGCUACAGUUUGAACGUGAGGAGGGAAGUCUAGAUGCAUUUGAACAGUGUCGUAAACUUAUCAAGAUCAAGAUGGAGAAGAUAUCUGCUGUUAGAGACAAGGAAAACAGAUCUAAGCAGGAGGAAGAUUAUCAACUAAACGCCAAGAUUGAAAAGAAGAAGGAAAAGGAUAAACAGCACAGGAGGGAUAAACGGCAUCAAGCAUCAUCUGCGAGGAAGACGACAGACCAAUCAGAAUCUCAGCCUACUCAAGGAUUCAAGAUGCCCGCCUCUCCCGCCUCCGCCUCCAAAACAGUAUCAGCACCGCCUGGCUUUGUACCGCCUAAGUCAGUUGCCCCGCCCCCUGGAUAUAAAGGGGUGGAGCCCCCACCAGGGUUUAAACCUAGUGAAGGUUCUGAGCCUCCUGCUAAGAAAGCUCGAGUAGAGGAUACUGAUGAGGCUAAACAGCUUCGAACCGUAUUCUUGAGCAACCUCGAUUUUGAGGUUACAGAAAACCAGAUAGCGGAGAUACUAGGUUCUUCAGGAUCUGUUCGAGAGGUUCGACUUGUUAAACAUCCAAAUGGAAAGUCUAGAGGAUUUGCAUUUGUUGAAUUUGAGACUCCUGAAGAAGCUGAAGGAACUUUGAAGAGGGACAACGAACUUAUCAAUGGAAGGCCAAUAUAUAUCUCGCAGUGUGACCCUAGUAAGAAGAAGGCCCCAGUAUUCAAGUACACCACAGGACUAGAGAAGAAUAAACUUUUCGUUAAAGGAUUGGAUCAGUCUAUCACAAAGGAGGAGUUAAGUAAACUAUUUGCUGAGUACGGUGAACUCCAGGAUGUCAGGCUUGUCACAUACCGAAAUGGACACUCAAAAGGUUUAGCAUUUGUCGAGUACAAGGAUGAAGUGAACGCCGCCAAAGCUCUUGUUAAAACUGACGGGAUGAAGGUGAAAGAUAAAGAGAUCCAAGUAGCACUUAGUAAUCCACCAAAACGGAAGGAAGAAGGAGAACCAGUACAAUCCCAGGCUAAUGUUCGGUCUCUGGGUGGAACUACACAAAAAGAUGGAUUUGGUCCAAGAGGCAAGGGAAGAAGUCAGGUUGAUUUUGUACCCCGGAGUAUAUCCGUCCCUGCUAAACCUGAUCCUAAACUCCUCGCCAUGAAGUUCGUCCGGCCGGCGGGAUCCAAGGAUCAGGAGAACGGAAACGGAACCGGAACUGGAGACGGAACCGGAAAUGGAACCAGUGAGAGCAGUGCAGCAGCAGAACCAAAAUCCAACAAGGAUUUUAGGCAGAUGCUCCUCGGCUCAAAGUAAAUUGUUUUAUUUCAGAAAAAA